GAGCCCGUAACCCCCGAGUCAAAAUAAACCCAGCUCUCGAGAUCCCAAAUGACACCGGAGGAAAUUUUUCUUUGACACAUUAGAUGCAUCUUGACACCAUUUUUCGACAUGGCAGAUGAACCGCACCCUGUUUCCAAUCAAGUCGAAGACGAAGAAAACAAACGUUACUGCUGGGUGUGCUACGCAAGUGACGAGGAUGAUGAGACUGCACCCUGGGUGAAGCCUUGUAAAUGCAGAGGAACUACAAAAUGGGUUCACCAGUCGUGUUUGCAGCGAUGGGUGGACGAAAAACAGAAGGGUAAUUCGACAGUGAAAGUGAAUUGUCCUCAAUGUGGGGUCGAGUAUUUCAUUGCCUUUCCAAAUAUGGGCCAGCUAAUGCUGUUCCUGGACAGAGUAGAUGCCUUCAUAUAUAAAGUCUGUCCAUUUGUGGCAGCGGGGGUGGUGGUUGGAUCAAUCUACUGGACAGCUGUUACCUAUGGAGCCAUUACAGUUAUGCAGGUCGUAGGAUACCAGGAGGGCAUGGCCUUGAUGGAACAGGCUGAUCCUUUGGUCCUGUUGGUUGGGUUGCCCACGAUACCUAUCUUCCUGAUCCUAGGCAAGAUGGUUCGCUGGGAGGACAAGGUCUUGCGGCUAAUACGCAUGUCAGUGCAGAGGCUUCCUUUCCUGAAAUAUCUUCUGCCAGCAUUUAGGUAUGAGGAACUAUCAGAUGUUAGUACAACUGCAGUCAUCAGUGAUCCUGUAAAUGCCACAAGGGUGUUGUGUGGUGCGCUCUCAUUGCCAACACUUGCUACAAUAGUUGGGCGCCUCUUCUUUCCCUCGGCUCAGGACAACCUUACGAGAACUUUGCUGGGAGGGGCAUCCUUCUUGGUGGUGAAAGGCCUGUUCAAAGUGUACUACAAGCAACAGCAGCACGUAAUGCAGAGCCGGCGGAAGAUCAUAGAUUACCCCCAGGAGCCAGCCACGCCCCAGACGCAACCUCCCACCCCACAGGCCCCACCCCCCACUCCACAGGACGCUCCCCAGGUGGAGCCAGUGCCUACGACACUAUCUCCUUCCUCGGGCUUUGAGAUGGAGCAACAGUACCUGCAGCAGCAUCAACAAUAGGAGCUGUCUUAUGGUUUAUAUCUGCUGUUAGGAAUGUGUGAUAUGGAUACAGUUCCCAUCUUGUGCAAGGUGACUGAUACCUCACAGACCCUUAUUCAUGCUUAGUAAGUAUGUCUCUGGCCUGCAUGGAAUGCUGACCUGGGGGAUCAAUAAGUAAAUAGUGGAAGUGUUGGCAAAGCUAGCUUCACUGGGGUCUGAUUCCUGACUUUGCUGUGUGUGCAUGCAGAUGUGAGGAGGAGGAGGAAGAAGCCUGGAUUGUCCUUGCCAUACAAGGAAAGUUAUAUAGAAAAUUAUUAUGUAGAAAUUUGUCAUGAAGCUCUCUGUUGUGGGGAAAUGUCAGUGAGUAAUUGAGAGCUUGGAUUUUUUUUUUUUUUUUCUUUUGGGGGUUUAUUUAUUCUGAGUAAAGGAUUACGUGUGUUUCUUUGCUUUUUACCUUGAUUUUUACAAGUCAUUAUUUUUUCUUUAUGCUCCAUGCUUUUCUUCCUUUGGUGAGAAGUUUGUCUUUUGGAUCUUUGUUCAACUUGUCUCUUGUCCCUUCCAGACAGUCUGGUUGUGCUCGUUGAUGCUGUAGCAUUCAGGAAGGAGAAGGUUGACACUUUAGAGACUGCAGUGAGGACCUUUUUUCCCCUCUCUCUCUUUCCUUGAAAUAGACUGGCUUUUGGACCUACUGGUACUUGUCAUCAUUAAGAUGGUGUUGAUUUUUUGGGGGUAUUGAUGUCAGCAUUGGUAUAUGUUAUAAUUAUAAUGUCAGAGUGAACUGUGAUAGUGAUGUUAAAAAUUUAAUAGUGAGAUGUACUAACACUGGCAUAUGCAGAUAGCUUUCUUCUGCAUGAAAUGCUUAACCAAAAUAUGUGAUUUCUUUUUAUGUGGAGAAUAGGAGAUUAUACAUCUUUUUAUUUUACCAUUAAAGGAUAAGGUAUUUGUUGUACUAAAUUUGCAGUCAGUAUAUUGCAGAUGUUGGCUUGACUUAGUUUAUCAUUUGUAAACAGUGUGAUGUUUUUUUCAGACAUGUUGGUAUCCUGUAAAUAGCAGUUUUCAUUUGAUAUCAAGGAGUUCUAGAGAGUUACUUUUAACAAAAUGGAGAUGAAACUAGUAGCAUGUCCCAUUUCUGUCUAGAAGAGUUUAAAGAUUUAGUUGGUUAUUCUGCUGGUACAGUAGCCAGAUAAUUUUUAUGAUGAUACUUUUAAUAAUGCCAGGAAUGGAGAAGGAUUCAGUUCCUUUGGACACUGAUAUGGUAUCUGAUGGUGAGAGUAGUAAGCUCAUGUAAAAGAAGUUCUUGGCAGAGGGAAAGGGGAAUUUAUGUUUUAAAGGUAGAUUUAGGGAUCUGUUUUUCCUAAAACUGCUGAUCAUUGUUAAUUUAGAGAUGAGAGUUUGUAAUCUAGUUAAACAGCUUAAUUUGAAAGAAGAAGAGAAUAGACGUAAACAAUGGACUUCUUCUGGAAAGUUUAGAUAAGCAUAGCAGGAUAUUUCAAUUUUUUCAUCUUUAAACUAUUGUCAUCCACAGCUAUUUAUCAUGAAUAUCUAUUUUAAUGACCAUUUUCCACAUUCACUAAUCCUUUAUUAUUUUGAAGGAUUGUCAUGUAUAAUGAUUGGUGGCCGUUAUUCUGAAGGUUUGGUGAUAAUGUAGCCAAAAUGAAUGCUAGAGCAUGGAUAUUUCAGUGCAUUUGGUGUGUAUGUGUGUCUGUAUGCUUGAAAGAUAAUGUUCAUAGUAUAUUUCAUCAGAUUUAGAAAUGAGACAAGCGUAACUUUUUUCUUUUUCAUAUUAGUCUUUUUUGAGGCUAAGUUUAACAUGAAACACACCAGUGUGAAUGUUUUUUUUUAACAAUUUUUUGAAUUUGAUGGGAUGGUCUACUUCUUGUGUAUUUGAAAGACCUAAACUUACACUGAAGGAUCAACAUUUAUAUUAUUGUUAAUUGUAUCCUAUGAAAUUGAAGAGUACUGUAUAUCCUUUCUCAAGUUUCACCUAAUUUGUGUGAUUUAUUUUUCUUAUGAUAUAUAUUUAUGUUAAUUAGAAAAUGUAGAAAGUCAUGUGGUAAUCCCUUUCAGAUUUGAGAGAAUCAACAGUAACAUUUAUAAUAAUAAUAAU